UAAGUUCCGCAUAUUCCAUCUAAAAUUCAUGAGAAGUUAGCCAGACUCUGGGUCUAAAGCAACCUAAAGGCUAUGAAGUUACGUCUGUGUGAUAAUAUGUUGUUGGUUCUGAUUCUGAGUCUCGUUCAGAUGAAUUGGGUUUAUUCUCAGGAUCACCAAUGGCCUCUUCACAAAAUGUGUGACUCAGAGAAACUUACAGUGGCCUACAGAAGCUGCGACCCUUUACAGGAUAUAGGUUUCACUUUCCUGCCUUGUCCUACCAGAUUGACCGAUCCUAUAAAAAUCAGAGUGGCCCUUAUUCUGAGGCAGCCCAUCGAUGAGCUUUAUUCGUCGACUGAGGUGCUGCUAAAUGGCAUUAAAUUCUACAGUAAGGACGAACCCCUCUGUCUUCCUAAUUUCCCACGUUUCACUUUUUGUGGAAGCAGGAGAGGAGAACUCAUCAACAUAGAAUCAUCAUUUAAGUCAAAAGUAGACCUUCCUCUAAAGGGUAAUUUUCAUCUUAACCUACGUGCAAUAAAUCAAGAUGGCUUCCAGAUCGCCUGUGUGAAUGCAACUCUUAGCUUCCAGUGAUCCUUUAAGACAAGAGGACCUGUUCUUUAGCUGAGGAUAUCUGUAAAAUGUAUUCUAACAUUAUUGAACUCAGAUGUUAUUCUUACUGCAUUUCAGCAGUAAGUUGCUGAAUCAAAGUUUAAUCAAACUUUGAUUCAGCGUUUAAUGUGUUUAAUCAAAGUUAAUUGUGUUGUUCCUUUUGGAUAAUUAUUGUUGUUUCUUCAGUUAUGGGAAUUGAGUUAAUGUCAGCAUGUGUUCAGGAUUUUUGCUGCUUUCACAUGAUUUUAUUGUUUCUCCCUUGUCUCAGACCUUUAAUUUUUUAAAACUAUGAAAAUCCAUUAGUCACUAUGAAAUUAAAAUAAAAAAUUCUUAUUUUUUUAA